AUGGCAACAGCACUCUUUCCCGUUGGAAAACAUAGCAGACUCACCACGGUCACCAACCACAAGGCUUGUUAUGUUCCGAGUCUCCUUGCCGACAUGGUGUGCGCGGCCUCGGAUGCAAGAGACGCACUGGAUUUGUUCCUUUCUCUCUAUAAUGAUGACGACGGAAAUGUGUCCACCACGGGAUAUAUGGCUUUCGACGCGCAUGUGGGAGACACUUCAUGCCAACUCCGUGCUUCCAUGAUCAUGAUGCUCCUGCAACACCUUCGCAAGGAGCCCACGAACUCAUUGUUUCGAACGAUGGUGUCACUAUUAAUCGGACAACUCGAGGACCUCAUAAAAAUGGCGAAAAACACGUGCCGCAGGCUGACGAAAGUUGGCGAGAGCCCUGAAUCUUUAGGAUUAAGCAAGAGUGGGGAGAGUCGUCAAUCGCUUUUGGAGAAAUUGGGUUGGCAAGAGCCGGUGAUGUUAGGGCAGGACGGAUUCAGCUCGUACAUCGCUGAGUUAUCCCAAGUUUCGAGAAAACCAACGCCGUUAGUCGGACACGAGAGCCCUCAGAUUUCGUGGCAGUUUCGCCGGCACAAUGUCACAAUCGGUGUCACCAUAUCUAUGCCAGGACAAAAAUGUCCGCCAUACCGUUCAAAAAGCCGUCCCAUUGCGGAAAAGAUGACACCCGGCUCCCCCGAAAACUGGGAUCCUUCGAACUUCUCCCAGGUGGUACGCCUGAUCGUUUACAGCUAUAUGCUGUCUAAAUACAAGCGGUUCUGUCGACGUACGCACGUUGUGGGUGCGGAGUUGAACCCCAAACUACCUCUGUCCGUGAGAGAUCGACUCGUCUCACAGGAUCAUGACACGACAAAUCGAAGGUUCCUUCUUCUGACGGGACCUAAACGAUUUGAACAAGAUUUUGCGUCGAUGCAGAACUGGGUUGGCGAACUUAGCUGUUCAUGGCUAAAACUGUUAGCCAGCAGGUUUGGAGAUGACAAGCUGCCAAGGUAA